AUUUUUCUUUCCUCCGUUCCCGGUUGCUCAUUUACUGCUGAACAUUCAAAUUCAUUUCUUUUCAUUCUUUUUUCUCAUCAACUUGGUUUCAAUCUCUCUUUUUCUCUUCUCUUCUGCCUGUCUACCUACCUAUCUGUCUGUCUUAACUUGGACCCUGUCCUUUUAUUAUUAUUAUUAUUAUUAUUAUUAUUUAAUAUACAUUUCAAUUAUGAACACAUCAAUUACUCUUGCUGCUCUGCGCAAAUUCGUAUUGCCCGGUAGAGCUGCUGUUGCUCAACGUCUGACAACAGUUCAACAAAGUUCCAACAUUAGUACUGUCCCUGCUAAGGUUCCCACAUCUAUGAUUGCAUCGAGAGCAGCUCUUUCUCGCAGUCUACUUCUUCGUGCUCGUGGAAGCUUGGUUUUUGCACAGUCAGGUUGCUAUUCUUCUUGGACUAAUCGACGUUACUAUUCAUCCGGAGCAAAAGCGUCUCUUGUGAACCAAGAGGAUCAGAAUAAUGUUUCUAUUGUGGACAAAAAAGUACAUCUUCAUUGGGCCGAUGGAACCACGAGCCGGUUCCAUUCUUUCUGGCUUAGAGAUCAUUGUCAUUGUGCAGAAUGUUACCAUACGGUCACCAAGCAGCGACUAGUCAACACUUUCAAGAUCCCACGCGAUAUUAAGCCCAAGGCUGUAUCUCUCACUCCAGAUGGUGUCAAAAUUAUCUGGAAUGAUAAUGCUCAUGAAAGUCAUUACGGCUAUGACUGGCUACAAGCUCACUCAUAUGAUCCAAAGAUCGGAGGUCCAUUCAAACCUGAGGGAGAUGCCAAGAUCACAUGGGAUAACUCGAUUGCAUCUAACCUUCCAGAGGUUCCUUUCAGGGAUGUGAUGGAAACCGAUAAUGGACUUGCGAAAUGGCUGAAUAACAUUCAUGUUUAUGGAUUCUCAUAUGUAAGUGGCGUGCCAGUGACAGCUGAGGCGACCGAAAAGCUAGCUAAACGUAUUACUUUCAUUCGUGAGACUCAUUACGGCGGUUUCUGGGAAUUCACAUCUGACCUUGGGCAUGGAGACACGGCCUUUACAGACAUUGCUCUGGGUGCACACACAGAUACGACAUACUUUACGGAUCCUGCUGGCUUGCAAAUGUUCCAUCUUCUUCACCAUGAUGGCGAAGGUGGACAUAACUUGCUUGUAGAUGGCUUUCAAUGCGCUAAGGUGCUCAAGGAAAAGUACCCAGAAUCAUACAAGACGCUUUCAGAGAUCGGUGUUCCCUCUCACAGUGCAGGGGAUGUCGACACACAUGUUGUACCAACACCUCGUCGCAACCCCAUCCUGAACCAUGACCCUAUCUCGCAAGAGCUUAUUCAAAUCCGAUUCAACAAUGAUGACCGAUCGACACUCGAUCACUUGAAACCAGAGCAAGUGGAGGCAUUUUAUGACGCGUUGUUUGACUGGAACAAAGUGUUGACAGAUGACAAACACAUGCUUUGGACAAAAUUCCAGCCUGGUCGUGUCUUGAUUUUUGAUAAUUAUAGGGUUCUGCAUGGUCGUUCUGGGUUCACGGGUAAACGCAGGAUGUGUGGAGCGUACACUAACUGGGAUGAUUACCGUUCCCGCUGGAGAACAUUAAAUAUUCCUUCAGAGCAGCUGUCUCUGGAGCUAUAAACCACGAAGGAGAAAUGUCAUAUGAGGAGAUACCAACCAUAUAAGCCUGCAUCAACAUAGAAUAUGGGUAAAACUUUAAGAAACGAUGAACGAAAUGCAUUUGUAGUUUAUUAGGGGUUAUGCUUAGAUACCUGAAAUAAAUGAGUUAGAUGGGAGAAUGAUG